AUGAAAACACCACCCCCUGAUUACCCAAAUAAUUCUGAAGAUGACCUUGAACCUCUUAAUGUGAUAAUUGUACCACAUUCCCACAACGAUCCUGGCUGGUUGAAAACUGUAGAUGAAUAUUAUGUGGACCAAACAAAACACAUUCUAAAUAAUAUGGUAAACAAACUUAGUGAAUAUCCUAAUAUGACAUUUAUCUGGUCAGAAACAGUAUUUUUUAGUAUGUGGUGGAAUGAAUUAGAUGAUGAUGUUAAAGUUCAUGUCAGACGUUUAAUACGUAGAGGUCAGCUGGAGAUUGUUUUGGGUGGUUGGGUAAUGCCUGAUGAAGCUACAACCCAUUAUGUAUCGGUCAUAGAUCAGUUGAUUGAAGGUCAUCAGUGGCUUUGGGAAAAUCUGGGUGUCAAACCAGAAAAUAGUUGGUCCAUUGACCCUUUUGGAUAUUCUGGAACUAUGCCAUAUAUUUGGAAAAAAGCUGGAAUGGAGAACAUGGUUAUCCAACGUGUGCAUCAAGCCAUUAAAGGAUCGUUGGCUUCAAAACAGGCUCUGGAAUUUCAAUGGCGACAGAUGUGGGAUUCUAAAGGAUCUAAUGAUAUUCUGUGUCAUGUGAUGCCAUAUAUGUUGUAUAAUAUCAAAUUUACUUGUGGCCCAAAUCGAUUCAUAUGCCUUAUGUUUGAUUUUAGAAAAAUUGAAAAUGAAGUUUCUGAAUCGAGGUCUUACACAAUAAAUGCUAACAAUAUUCACCAACAGGCUAAAUAUCUUUAUGAACAAUAUCGUAGGAAGUCGUAUUUGUAUAAAUAUAACACCAUACUUGUUCCAUUAGGUGAUGAUUUUCGUUUUGAUCGAGAAAUAGAAUGGGAUCAACAAUAUAAAAAUUAUGAAAUGUUAAUGGAUUACAUGAAUGAUCAAAGAAAAUGGAAAAUAAAUGUUAAAUUUGGAACAUUGAAGGAUUAUUUUAAGUUAGCUAAUGAAGAAAAUAGACACCAUAUGGAGAGGUAUCCUGAAAAUGGUUUCCCAACUUUAAGUGGGGAUUUCUUUCCAUAUUCAGAUAAAGACAGUGCUUAUUGGACUGGAUAUUUCAGUACCCGACCAUUUGAUAAAAAAUUCAGUCGUGAUUUGCAAGCUAAUCUUCAGGCAGCAGAUAUUCUUAACACAUUAACAUAUGUUAACCUCAAGAACUGGAAUCUUGAUAACAAAGGGAAAUUCUUCCAGUUUUCCACUCUGUUGCAGCAGGCCAGACGCGCUCUUGGUUUAUUUCUCCACCAUGAUGCUAUAACUGGCACUGCCAAAGAUUUUGUGGUAGUUGACUAUGAAAGACAAAUGGCUGAAGCUUAUAAUAAGACCCAACUUGUAAUAAGAACAGCAUUACAAAUUCUAGCUUCAAAGGGUAACUUAAUGUCACCGCUUGUCUUUAAACCAGAAACAUUUCGCCCCAAAUACAACAAGGAACCAGUUAAACAAAUACUAAAUCUACAGAAAAGUAGCAACUGUAUUCUCUUGUUUAAUCCUUUACCAAAAUAUAGACAAGAAGUUGUUCGUGUUUUAACAGAUACAGAAUUUGUGCAAAUAAGAAAUGAGAAGUAUGAAUAUGUUCCGUGUCAAAUUAGCCCAACAUGGUCGGAUAAAACUUCAGUAGAUCUCAAAGUGUUUGAAAUUUCAUUUGUUGUUACCUUACCUCCAUUUGGAAUUGUUCCCUACAUGCUGCAUAAAGUUCAAGAAAUUGAUUUACAUAAUGUAUUUCCAUCUAGAAUUUCCCUCUUCAAUACAGAAGAGUUUGAAAUUCCAAAGAAAACGAAAUUUUACACCAAUCCACCAGUUUUAAAUCCAGAAUCUCAAAUUGAACUUGAAAACGAUAACAUGGUUGUGUUGUUUAACAGUAAAACUGGUACAAUAGAAAGUGAAUAUUUUACCUACAGAUCACAGGGUAGUGGUGCUUACAUAUUCUACCCAUCUAAUUCUGGAGAAGUUAAGGUUCUUUUUAACAUUCCUAUUAUCAGAAAAAUAGUUGGACCCAUUUAUUCUAAAAUAGAAGUCGAAUUUGAUCAUUACUUGAAAUUUUCUGUGACUCUGUAUCAUGUGCCAUCAUUACAAGCACAAGGAAUUCAUAUAGAAAACACUUUAGAUAUUCGUCCAUUGACAGAUCGUGAAUUUGUGAUGCGAUUUAAAACUAACAUUGACAAUAAAGAUGGCUCCUAUUUUACCGACCAAAAUGGAUUCCAGUUAAUUCGCAGAAAAACUAAUCCCAAUCAACGAAUUGAAGCAAACUAUUAUCCAAUGACUUCAGCAGCAAUGCUCGAGGAUGAUGAAAGACGAUUAACUUUAUUGUCAGCUCAAUCUCAUGGUUGUGCCGGAAUCGAGAAGGGUUGGUUAGAGGUUAUGUUAGACAGACAAUUAAUAUAUGAUGAUAAUAGAGGAUUAGGGCAAGGUGUCAGAGAUAUUAAAAUUAUUACAAGUAGUUUUAUACUGUUGUUAGAAAAACGUAACACCUUAAAGGCAAAUAGACAUUCAGAUUAUGCAUUACCAUCAUUACUAAGUAUUUCAACUAAUGACUUUUUACAGCAACCUAUUGUAAAAUAUUAUAGUACUAUUGAUUCCACUAUCUUCCAUACCACAGUGACGUCACUGGCGGUACCGAUGCCAUGUGAUAUUUCAUUAGUGACAUUUAGAAGUUUAACAACUGCUAAUUUUAUUCAUAAUGGUACAAGUUUAGUGCUGCACCGAAGAGGAUAUGAUUGUGACUUUCCAAAAGAUGGACUGCAAUGUUCAGUGAAUGAUCAGAAACUUUUUAUUAGAAAUCUGCUCAAAGUUUCACCAGCACACAGUGUAAGGGAGACAACUCUAACACAUCUUUAUGACAAGAAGAAAAUUCAGGCCAGUGUUGAACUGAAACCUAUGGAAAUAUCCUCUUUUCAUAUUAAUUGGUAA